AUGGGUAUUCAAGGAUUAUUACCACAAUUGAAAGAUAUUCAACAACCAACCACAUUGGAAAGAUAUAGAGGAUCUACGUUGGCGAUUGAUGGGUAUGCAUGGUUGCAUAGAGCAGCACAUGGUUGCUGUUUGGAGCUAACAUUGGAACAACCAACCAAUAACUAUUUACGGUUUUUAAUCAAGAGAUUAACAAUGUUAAAAUAUCAAUAUAAUAUUAAGCCGUACUUGGUAUUUGACGGUGCAUCGUUAAUAACUAAACAAAAAACAAACUUGAAAAGACAGGAAAGCAGGGAGAAAAACAAAAGCUUAGCAUUGAAGUUUCAUAGAGAGGGAAACUCAAAGUGUGCCUUUGAAUAUUUUGCCAAGAGUGUUGCUAUAACGCCUGAAAUGAUGAAAUGUUGGAUAGAUUAUUGUAAAAAUAACGAUGUGUCGUACAUUGUAGCUCCAUAUGAGGCAGAUCCACAGCUAGUGUAUUUAGAAAAGAUGGGAUUGGUCGAUGGAAUUAUUAGUGAGGAUUCAGAUUUGUUGGUUUUCGGGUGCAAUAGGUUAAUCACUAAAUUAAACGAUAGAGGUGAAUGCAUUGAGAUUUCAAAAGAUGAUUUUAAACGCUUGCCUAUGAAAUUUCCACUUUACGAUUUGAAUCAAGACGAAUUACAAAAUUUGGUAGUUUUAUCUGGGUGUGAUUAUACCAGUGGUGUCAAUGGAAUCGGAAUAGUCAAGGCGAUGAAAUUAGUCAGAAAGUACAGAAAAUUGGAUAAAAUAAUAUUAUUGUUACAAAGGGAUGACAAAUUGAGGAAUGGUGCUGAAUAUUUAAAAGAAUGUGAGUAUGCCAAGACAUGUUUCAAAUACCAGCGUUGUUUCUCCCCAAUUACCAAUAAGUUAGUUACAUUAAAUGACAUUGAGGAUGAAGAUGUAUUGAAAAAUGUUAAAGAUGAAAAAAUUUUCCAAUAUAUUGGAUUAGCAAUAUCCAAAAAAACUGGUUUACGUGAAAAUUUAAUAAAAGACGACGAAAUAGAUCAUGAUCUACAUAAGUUAAUUGCAAUAGGAAAUAGAUAUCCAAAUGAUCAUACUAAAUGUUUAGUAAAUAGAGAAAUCAUAUUAGCAGCUGGUAUGCCAACAACAUACAACGAUAAUAGCAUCACUACAUCUAUCAACGAUAAGCCUAGAUGUUUGAAAAGAUCUUUAACAAUAGAUUCAUUUUUCAUUCAGAAAAAGAAAAGGGAGACAGAUGUGUCAAUGGAUACUUUUAAUGGUACCAAUAUUGCUAAGAAAAAAAGUGAAAACGAAUCUGAAGGUAUUGAUUCAGUAAUAGAAAAAAAAGUUAGAAAAAGGAAAUUAUGCGGUGGAAUUAGUCUUGAUACUGCGAAUGGAGGUAAUGUUGGUAGCAAAUUUUUCACGAAAAGUUUUGCUACAGUUAGUAGUAUAAAUACUUUAUCGGUAUGUAAUAGUACUAAUUCCAAUUCUACUGUUGGUAAACAAGAGUAUCUUUCAAAUGGAAUAGAGAUAACUACUGAAAAGAGGCCAUUGAAGGAAAUUGAAUCAUCUGAUGAAUAUAAUGAUGUAAAUAGUGAUACAGGAGCCAAUGAGAUUAUGAAAGACGAUUUGUUACAAACAAAAAUUAAGAAAAAUAAAGAAGAUGAAAUAAAACUGGAUGAAAACGUUAUGGAUGGAAUUAUUGAAACUAAUAACAAUAGUGAGAAACAGAUUAAGAAGACACCUAUUUUGUUGUCUAAAUAUGCGUAUUCUAUCAAAGAUAAGGAUAAGGAAGUAAUAAAAAUACCAUUAAGAGAGAAAGAUGCUAAUAGUAACAUUAGUAUAAUUAAAUCACAUCUGAGACCUAGCAUUAGAAGUAAAAGUAGUAGUAUAAGUACAGUUGAAAGUAGUAGUGGUAGUGAUGAUAGUGGUAUCAAAAGAAGAAGAACACCUUCUCUGACAUUAAGUAGAUUUAUUUAUAAGGAAUAA